AUGGCUGGUGUGUUCUCAUCAUAUUUAGACAUAUCUCUGGAUACUGUACCGCGGCUCCUGAAGAACGUUCUCAAUGAGGAGCAGCUCCAAACUUUCUUCCAGCCUGGCUACCGUUUUAGAUUAAUCAACACGUGGCGUCCUAUUUUACCUGAAUGCGAGGACCGCCCUCUUGCAUUGUGUGACUACAGCUCGAUCGACGUAAAUGACCUCGUUGCCACCGACAGAGUGUACCCUGAUUGGACUCAAGAGAUAUACUAUUUGAAAUAUAACAAGGAGCAGCAUUGGUAUUGGUUGCCUAACCAAACGUCUAAGGAGCCUUUUCUAUUCUUAACCUAUGACAGCCAUUCAGGUUCAAAUGCCAGAUACUGUCCACAUGUAUCCGUAGAAAAUUCGAUGGCGACACAGCAAGCGCCCCCGCGUGAGAGCGUCGAGACACGGACUUUGGUCAUUACGAAACUGUGA